AUGAUAAAUAAUAAUAUUAAUAAUUUUAAAAAAGUUGUAGUUACAGGUGCAAGUGGUUAUAUUGCAUCAUUAAUUAUCAAAGACUUAUUGACAGAUAAUUCAAUUGAGCAAAUUGUUGCAAUUGUUAGAGAUAAAAACAAUGUUCAAAAAUACAAAUUUUUAACAGAUUUGGAAGGUGCCAGUAAAUUGGUAUUGGAAUCUGGUGAUUUGGAAACUGCUAAUUAUGAGGAGAUCUUUAAAGAUGCAGAUGCUGUUUUACACAUUGCCUCACCAUAUAUAUACAAAUCAGAUAACCCAGAAACUGAAAUUGUCAAGCCAGCCAUCGCUGGUAAUGUAAGAGUAUUGGACGCCGCUUCAAAACAUCCAUCUAUUAAAAAAGUAGUUAUCACUUCAUCAUCUGCUGCUGUCACUGAUUUAGCCAAAAAGAAAGAGGUUUACAAUGAAGAUGACUGGAAUGAUGGUUCAAACAUCUCCGCCCCAUAUCAAUUCAGUAAAUAUUUAGCAGAAAAGGCCACAUGGAACUAUAAAGAAACUCAUCCAAAUACCCACUUUGAAAUUGUAAUCAUCAAUCCAGCUUUCGUUCUUGGUCCAGGAUUAAAAGGAUAUCCAUCACUCAAUACAAGUUUAACUACAUUCAGAGACUCACUAUUGGGAUCAUGCGAUCCAGCAGUAUCAAAUCGUUUGGUCGGUUUAAUUGAUGUUAGAGAUGUCGCAAAAGCCCACAUCAAUGCAUUAAAAGCAACACCAAACACUGAAUUGCUCCAUCCAAACAGAUAUUUAAUGGCUAACACUGUUAUUACAUUUGCUGGUAUGUGCGAUUUAGCUAGAGAACUUUUCCCUCAAUUCGAUAUCAAAGGUUGCGAAUUUGACUCUACUCUCUCACCACACAAAUAUAAACUAGAAUCUAAAUCUCCAUUAAAAUUAAAACAAUAUAUUGACACCAAAACAACCAUUAAAGAAUGUAUAGAGUUUUUAAUUGAAUCAAAUUUCUACAAACCAACUUUAAAGGCAUAA